AGUCGGUGGUGUCGCUGGGCCAGCCUGCCCUGCCCCAGCGUGCGAGAGGCCGCCUUCAUGUACAGCACAGCAGUGGCCGUCUUCCUGGUCAUCCUGGUGGCUGCACUGCAGGGCUCGGCUCCCCCUGAGAGCCCCUUCCUCUACCGCAUCCCCCUGGACCCUGAGGAGUCCCUGGAGCUCUCAUGGAAUGUCAGCUACCCCCAGGAGGCCAUCUUCUUCCAGCUCCUGGUGAAGCAGCUCAAGGCUGGAGUCCUGUUUGGGAUGUCCGACCGUGGCGAGCUUGAGAACGCAGACCUCGUGGUGCUCUGGACCGAUGGGGACACUGCCUAUUUUGCGGACUACCAGCUGCUGCAGGUGGAGAGGACCCCAGAAGGCCUGGCCCUGCUUUUCAAGAGGCCCUUUGGCACCUGCGACCCCAAGGAUUACCUCAUCGAGGACGGCACAGUCCACUUGGUCUACGGGAUCCUGGAGGAGCCAUUCCGGUCACUGGAGGCCAUCAACAUCUCAGGCCUGCGGACGGGGCUACAGAGGGUGCAGCUCCUGAAGCCCAAUAUCACCUUCCCGGCCACGCCCUCAGACACGUACACCAUGGAUAUCCACGCUCCCGACAUCCAGAUCCCCAACCAGGUGACCACGUACUGGUGCUACAUCCACGAGCUUCCUGAGGGCUUCCCUCGGCACCACAUUGUCAAGUACGAGCCUAUCGUCACCAAGGGCAACGAGGCCCUCGUGCACCACAUGGAAAUCUUCCAGUGCGCCCCCGAGAUGGACAACAUCCCCCACUUCAACGGGCCCUGUGACUCCAAGAUGAAACCUGACCGCCUCAACUACUGCCGCCACGUGCUGGCCGCCUGGGCCCUGGGUGCCAAGGCAUUUUACUACCCGGAGGAAGCCGGCAUUGCCUUCGGGGGCCCUGGGUCCUCCAGAUACGUCCGCCUGGAAGUUCACUACCACAACCCGCUGGUGAUAGAAGGACGGCGCGACUCCUCAGGCAUCCGCUUGUACUACACAGACAAGCUGCGGCGCUUCAAUGCGGGGAUCAUGGAGCUGGGACUGGUGUACACGCCAGUGAUGGCUAUCCCACCGCGGGAGACCGCCUUCGUCCUCACUGGCUACUGCACGGACAAGUGUACCCAGCUGGCACUGCCUCCCUCCGGGAUCCACAUCUUCGCCUCUCAGCUCCACACACACCUGACCGGGAGAAAGGUGGUCACGGUGCUGGCCCGGGACGGCCGGGAGUGGGAGAUCGUGAAUCAGGACAAUCACUACAGCCCUCACUUCCAGGAGAUCCGCAUGUUGAAGAAGAUGGUGUCGGUCCAUCGGGGAGAUGUGCUCAUCACGUCCUGCACGUACAACACGGAAGACCGGGAGCUGGCCACAGUGGGCGGCUUUGGGAUCCUGGAGGAGAUGUGUGUCAACUAUGUGCACUACUACCCCCAGACGCAGCUGGAGCUCUGCAAGAGCGCUGUGAACGCUGGCUUCCUGCAGAAGUACUUCCACCUCAUCAACAGGUUCAACAAUGAGGAGGUCUGCACCUGCCCUCAGGCGUCCGUGUCUCAGCAGUUUGACUCUGUUCCCUGGAACUCCUUCAACCGCGACGUACUGAAGGCCCUGUACGACUUCGCGCCCAUCUCCAUGCACUGCAACAAGUCCUCAGCUGUCCGCUUCCCGGGUGAAUGGAACCUGCAGCCCCUGCCCAAGGUCAUCUCCACGCUAGAAGAACCCACCCCACAGUGCCCCACCAGCCAGGGCCGAAGCCCUGCCGGCCCCACCAUUAUCAGCAUUGGUGGGGGCAAAGGCUGAGGGGGGCCUGCUCCUCCCCCUCCUCCGUGCUGUCCCUGUGGGCUCACACCGGCACUGUGCACCCUACUCUGCGAGGAUCCCCAUGGAACAGCCCUGCAUGCCCAAGAUGAAGGGGCCAGACCAUGCCCCUGCCUGAGACCUUGGUCCAAUCCAGCCUUCUUCCCCCAGGGUCCCCUGCACGGCUGAGAGGGUGUGGGUGCCCUGUUGACCUACCCCGGAACGAGUGGGUCACGACCUCGUCCAUUUAAACCGGCUUACUCAGUGCAGGGACAGCCUGCACAGGGGUCUAAGGUCCAGCCCUCCGCCAGCCCUGUUCCGCCUCACUGGGUGUGGCCAGGCUCCUGGGACAUGCGCCAUACUGGACCGGGGCGCAGAAUCACCCAGAACACCCCCGCCCCGCCCCUGCGCCGCUGCCCCCGCAGAAAGUGAUCGGUGUCGGUGUGCGGGGGGUGCGGGUGCUGCUUCAACAUUUUCCUGCGGAGUGGCUCGUGUUUCACAGUGGGCGGCUUCCCUGCGACGGAGGCAGGACCAGGCACUUAGCUAGUUAGAGACUCGCUUGGGAAAUUGCUCCAUUGCCGAGUAAAUAGAUAUUUUCGCCCACCUCAAGGGAAGCCCUGACAACAGCUAUCACCGAAAGGCGAGGCGGCGAGGAUCCACCGGGGCUUCUGGGCGCCGCUUCCACGGGGGGGCGGAGUUAUUAGCACCAGCUUGCUUCUCUGGAGGCGGGGCCGGCGCUGCACAGACCGGGGUGGAGUCAGGGCUGUGCUUCCGCCACUCAGUGGAGAGUGCCUUGGGUGGGCCACUGCACGUUCCUGACCCUCACUUUUCUCAUCUGUAAAACGGGACUGAUGCCGUGCGGGCUAAUGAGCCAAUAAAGCUCACACUUGGGCUAGCACCCACUGGAGGUGGGUAUGUUUGCACUCCGGGCCGUCACUCCAGGAGAGAGAAGCUUGCUCCGAGCCUCCUCCCUGUGCCAGGUGUGCUACCAAGUGCUUCCCCCUGAGCGUCCUGAAGCUG